AUGGAGACGCCGACCCCGACGAGCUCGCAGAUCCCGCCCCACCCGCCCCUCACCCAGCCACCGCUGAACCAGGCAGCGCGUAGACCCCUUGUACCGCAACCAACCACGAUGAUGCCGUACGAGAAACACCGUCAACGUCCGAACGCCCAUCCCCAGCAACGCCAGCAUUCAUUUGCCCUGCACGCGCCGCCACUCACUCAAGCCCCGCGUAGAGAGCCGGAGGAAGGAGAACAAAAUGAGAGCGACGUCGACACCGAGCUAGGCGAAAGAAUCUCUGCGAUGAGACGCAAGCACGACAACCUCGUCCACCUUCCCCCGAGCUCGCCUCUACAAUCAAGAGAUAGCACGCCGACACCGCCGGAGCGCGGCUGGGAAGCUCCUGAAGGGGAGGACAGGGGAGCGCAGCAGACUCCGACUGGCGAGGACGAGGUGAACGCGGCGGGCGAGCGUUCGAGCGACAGCUCCGCCGCGAACGAGGACGCCUGGAGGCAGUUUGCCGAUGCGUCACCGCCGAGCAACAACAAGCACAGCGAGACGCGUGAACGCGAUCCGGCCUCUGAAGUCGAGUACGCUGCCGACCACCAACAGAACGGCGAGCUCUCGAAGGCGGCUCCACAGACGCAGCGGGUGCGCAAGAGGCAGCGCACCUCGUCGCCAGAGGACGAGGAACCCGCUGGAGCCCAUGAAAGAGACAAGGAGAUGCAAGACGCGCCGGGACCUGUUCCACCACCGAUGUCUGUGAACUUGGAGGCUCAGAACGGGCCCCAACAAGAGUGGCGUGCCGCGAACGAGCAACCAGAGGUCCCCCCGCCGUACCCGGCCCCCCAAGUCGCACACAUCGACCGCCAGACCAUCAUCGCAAUGCUCGUCAACAAAGCGCGUCUGCAAUACCGCGAAACGGUUGACACGCUGGCGCGUGAGCUGAACAUCAAGCUGGAAGUCGCUGAAGCCCUCAUCACAGCUGUCGACAUCCACAAGAUCCUCUACUCGGCGCCGCAGUUCACUGAGCCUCGUCCGCCCCCCACCGUAACCCACCCGCACGCAGCUGGUGAAGGAGACCGAGCUCGGGCGACCCGGACGACGAACGACGGCGGCAUGAUGAGGCCCUCGGCUGCAGAUCCGAUACCGCCGCGAUCGACAGCAAGGAAGAUGGACCACCACCCGAUACACCCCCCUCCCAGCGCGCUCAACGAUGUCUACUGGCAACAGAGCGGCGAGAUGCGGAGCAACGAGCCGACAAAGGACCCCCGAAUCAGACCAAGACCGCAGCCCACGAUCUCACGCAGGCACGAGCACAGCGAGCGCGACGACUCGGGCGACGAGGACGAGGGGGGGGACGAAGUCGGCAUGGAUGUCGACGCUCCGCAGGCACAGUAUCAGGCCUCGGCGACGUCGUACCGCCCACGCAUCCCAACGCAAGAAGCAACGGAGCUCUGCCCGCCUCGCACCGGGAAAGCAAGACAAGCGGCGGGCGACCAAACAAGGGCGCGGGCAUCGUCGCAUGCGCCGCACAACCCACCGCCGAUCGCCCGAAGGCGGACACUCGAGGACUACCGUCAAGCGAUCGAGGCGCUUGACCUAGCGCCGGCGCCGCACGACGGCUUCCCGAUGGUGCAGCCGCACACCUCGCUCGACCGCAUCAGAGGGAUGGUCGGCUCUGCGGCUCACGAGGAGUGGAAGAGAUGCGCACCGAACCGCCGCUGCAUUGUCAACGUACACGGCUUGAACCAAGGAUGUGCGACCACCACCUCGAAGACCCUCGAGAAGAUCUUCACGUCGGUGCUGGGGCACAGCGACUUCACCCUGCGCGCUGUCACCCUUGUCCAGGUACCAACCCUGUUUGCGUGGUUCCUGUCAGACGUCGAGGAACUCGGGCAGAUCGCGAUGGUCGAACAAUGCGGCUUCUCAAGGCCGGACAUCUCGUUCUGCGUCUACAAGGAGGACAUCGUCAUCCCAUGCUGCCUUGGCGGGUUCGACGGAUUCACUCAGAACAACGACAAGGGCGCGACUAGGGUCUUCCAGAAGGAAUUCCAAGUCCCGGCCAUGCGCACCGCCAUCGAGAAACUCGUCACCAAGAACAGCAAGUUCGACGAAUGGGACCCUCACGAUGUGGUCGACUACAUCAUCGACUCGAUCGAGGUCGAGCUCCGCCUGGCGCGCGAGGACGAUAAGUCGUCGCCGUUGGUGGCGUUCCUCUACAUCAAGUCCCCAACGCAACGCCCGAGCAAAUGGGACGAGUGGCGCGAGGGCAUCCACGACCACCUCUUCUCGGAGACCACUGGCCGGCGCAUCAAGCCGCAUGCGCUCGUCAGGUGUAGGGGCUGCCACGGCGGUGACCACACGACGCAGCAAUGCCCCUUCCGCGACGUCGACGACUGGAACACGAGCGAGACGACCACGCAGAGGCACGCGAAGCGGUCACACAACGCGCAGGCCGGCCCGUCGUCUCAACGGCAGAACGACACGGGUGGGAACCGUCGCACAAACGAGUACAGGCGCCGCAACGAGCACCAGCGGCGCAACUGGAGUGACCGCCGAGGCGAUGAGUACGAGUACGAGUACGACGAUGGCAACAACAACGGCGGCGGCUACAAGAAGCAGCACCGGGGCGGCGGCGGUGGUGGCGCGGGCGGACGGAACAAGAACCGCUCUCCUCCGCCCUCGAACAGGGGGUUCGCGCACCACCGGUAG